CGCAAACAUCGGCACUUGUAUUGAUAGGAAUUAUCCGGUAUAAUUAUAAAAUGAGAAAUAUGAAACAGAUUUAAGGAAGUACGUUUUAUUUUAAACUUGGGUUUUUGCAUAGGGCUAUCAGUUGUAAAGGCAUUAUAAACUAUGCUUGUGUGAUUAAAUGAUGGAAAUACUUGACUAGGUGUUUAUGGAAUUAAAAACUUGUCAGAUUUUUAUAAUCGAGGAUGUGAGUAGACAUUUUUUCACCGGUAUGAGUCAAAAGAAGGUCCUGAGCGAGGAUAACAGAAAUAGGACUCCAUCAGAUUUAGGAAAGGAAAUGUUAAAUACCUUAAAAGAACGAGUCUUAAUUGCCUACGUUUAUUCUUAUUAAUCAUAUAACGUUUUGUCUAUAUUUCCUCUUAUCUAUCUACUCCUUUAUAAAAUGGCGAUUUCUUGUAUCACCUUGGCUUCAUUUUGACAAGAGAAAAUGAAGUAUGCAAGACUGCAAAUGAUUUUACAAAAAGAUUGCCACACCGUCCUGAAAACAAUCGUGUAACAGAAAGUUAAUACUCUUGCUGCGGGUGUAAGCAUCGACAAUUUCAAUCACCAACACAAUAGUUAUCACUUUAGUAAAACACUACAAAUGAUGACAUUGAUUUUAGUAGGAAGAAGAAAAUGAUCUCAGCCAAAUAGAUGACCCGGAGGCUGCGGAAGACAUAUUCACAACUCGGAUUUGGAUGAAAUCAUAAAGCGGAGAUUUAGAUACUUAACGGACACAAAAGUAGAAGAAGAAACUGAAUAAGACUUGGUAGACAUUAUCAAUCGAUGAUUGGAGCAUUUGGUGUACGCUUACAGAGCUAUUCAUAGGAAAAGCUUAAAUAUGCAGAAGUUACAAGAUCUACAGUUCGGUCACGUCUUCCAGUUACAAUAUAUCUGCCAGGAUGCUUAUUGGGUAAACUUCUCGUAGAAAACUGCAGAACCACUCAAGAAGAGAACCGGGUUACCGAUGUCAUUGUGCAAAACUUGGACUUAGUGAAAGAAUAAGAUGCAAACUUCAAGGCUGCGUUGAAGAAAUCAAAGAUGAAUAUGACAACUCCAAAUUUUGGUCCACGGAAGGACGUCAAGGCGUUAUCAAAUGGAACACAACAGCAGUUAUAACGACGAUCUAAAAGAAAUAAGUAAAAGGAAAAUUGAAGAGUAUGCCGGUGCCAUCGCCUAUACCCUUGUCAUCAUAGUGUUUGGAAUACUUGGAAAUAUCAUGUCCGUCAUUUUCUAUGGAUUCAAAGUUCAAAGGACAACUACACAUGUGAUAAUAACGGGGCUUGCUAUAGUAGAUCUCAUAGCAUGCGUCUUAUUCUCCGACUUAACUGUCGAACUUUGUUUUACAGUUACAUUCAAAAACAAACCUGGCUGCAAAGUGAUGAAUUUCCUGAACUAUUGGCUUGAAACCACGUCAGGUUACAUGUUACUGUUUGUGGCUUUUGAUCGGUAUCGGAAGAUUUGUCGACCUUUUGCAUGGCAAUUCUCAAUCAAAUCCAUACACAUUUCAUUCCUGGUUAUCGUUAUUGCAGCAAUGGUUUAUUCUGUAAGAUAUCUCAUUAUGUUUGAUGUUCUUCACGUUAACGUGACAGACGCAGAAAGUGAUAAAACAAUUGAAGUUUUCUAUUGCACGCACUCAAAUGACCCUGAAUUAAAAACCGUCAUUACCUUUUUCCAUGUUCUUGAUCUUCUGACAUUUAUUGCAAUUAUUUGUGGAUGUAUAAGUUUGUAUUCGUUGAUAUCCAGAGCUCUAUGGUUGUCGAGAAAGCAUACCAAACACAUUAACAAAGGAGAGGGGCGUUCAAAAGACGGCCAUCAAGAAAGAGCCAGUACCAAUUCAUCUUAUACUGGAGUCAGAAAUACUGGAGAAAAAUCCAGUUAUGAUACGCGAAGCGAUAACAUAAAGAAUGAUGCAGUGAAGCAUACCAAGCAUCCGUCAUGUGUGCUACCAAAUCAAGAUGAAAUCAGCCAUGAAAAGCUAGAUUCUAAUGCUGAUUCUUUGCUAAUUUAUCAGGCGACAUUGCUAUUGUCAAUAACGAGGACAAAAUUCUUAAAAUAAACUCUCACGGAGAAGUCAAACUAAGUGAUGCCAAUGUAACGUUUAAGAAUUUUACUUUCAAAAGCGAUAAUGAUCCAAAAUAUAACAGAGACAAGAUAUUAUAUUAAAAAAAUCAAAGCAAUACCAAAUUGAAAGGAAGGUUACCCUGAUCAUGAUUUUCAUAGCAAUAUCAUCUUUAGUUAGUUUUGUGCCCUACUUCAUUAUAGAUGUUACAUUAAGGCAGAAGGAAGAUUUAAGCGAACAAGAAUUCAGCGUUGGAAUACAGAUUGCUUUGAGAUCAUUUAUAUUGAAUAAUGCCAUCAAUCCUUACAUAAUUGGACUGUUUAAUUCAAAGUUCAGACAAUUUGUAAAGGACACCUUUUGUAAGUUUAUCGGGAGACACUGAUUUUGAACUUGGAUAUGUUCAAUUACUAUCAAUUACUCCAGAGAAAUGCAUAUGCAGUUGACGUAUAUUUAUAUUGUAACCGUUAUAUCAAGACGUUCUUACAAUAUGCUCGUUCGAAGUGUAUAUUUCUUCAUUAUUAUCAAUAAUAAUCUUUAACUUUAAACUGUGUGUAUAUAUUUUGGUGUGCAUGUAUUGCGCUUUAUAUCAAAUGUGCAUGGAAUUAAGGAAAAUGAGGUAAAUGAUUCUGAUACAACAUGAACCGGUGUAUUUUUAUGUUUAUGUGAAUUCAUCUUUUAUUUCUUAAUGUACAAUAAAUAAUAAAGCUUGUUGAAAGUUGAACGGGCAUGGUUCUGUUACUUUUGGAAUGGCUUUUUAUGAAUACUAACAGUUAACCUUCUUUUACAGACGAGUAAUUUCAAAUGCAAUUAGGUUUGCAUGGUUAAGAAUAUAAACCUUAUAUUUUUAUCUGACCUCUUAUACCAGUCAUGUUU